AUGAAGCUCGCCGCUAUCACCACCGCCCUCUUGUCCAUGGGUGCCCUCGCCGCCCCCAGCCCCACCGCCCAAGAAUUCCAAUUCAGCGACCUCCAAUGGACGGUCGAGACCUCGCCCGGCCACACCAUCACCUUCAACGGCACCAUCGAAGCCCUCACCGCCCAGCUCCAACAGCAGCAGCAAGCCGAAACCACCGCCACCACCACCACCAAGACCGUAGAGAUCACAAACACGGCCCCUGACGCAGACACGGUCACGGACGAGGCCUCUACCGUCACGCGGCGCACCGUCGACUUCAGCGGCGGCAACUUCUUCUGCGGCGGGCCGUGGCCCUACGCCUACAUGGCCGCCUACUGGGAAGGGCUGGACUACCUGCGUAGCAUCAUGGGCCAGGUGCGCGUGCCGCCGGGGCCGAGGAUGUGCAGCCGGGUCAGCUGCUCGUAUGACGCCGCGGUGUGGAUUUGUAAUGAUAGGACCGAUGAACUCCAUCUUAAUGCGUUUGCUGAUAUCGCUGAUGGUGUCAGCUACAUCAUCAGCCGGUGUGCGACCAACGCCUGGGGCGCGAGACAGGUGGCUGGGCAGGUGUUCCAUCCUGACCACUGGAAUGUCAUUGUUCGUCGCGAUGAUUGCUAG